AAUGCACCCCGCUUCAAUGGCAGAACGCGGAUGAAUUUAAAGACAUCAAAUCAGAAUAAUCCUUUAUAAAACUUAAAAUUGACUGACGCAAACGUGAGUUCUUUAUGUUUUUAUUGAAAACAACAUAGUGCUGACGCCGUACGACAUCGGUUUUUCGCUUUCCAAAUAAGGCGUGCGCGUUCCCGCGGCAGGGUAAUAAAAUAUCACGGGGGAACCAAAUCUAGCACAACAGGGGAGAACCAAAUCAAGCACAACAGCACGGUAAACGUCACCGGACCUCUUAAAGGGACUGUAACUAUAAAGUGAAUCAGAACUGUAAAGAUGAACGGCAUAACAUUUAACAGAACACACAUAUGAUUAAGUGAAUUAUGUCAUCAGUAGAGAAAGCACUACAGUACCCACAUUUCUGACGUUUAACCGUCAAAGACGCCGUUUGAAAAGCUGUUGGGUUGCACAAUCUACAGUUAUUUCAAAGUUGUCGCUCCACUGACGACGUGACGUGCACACUCCUAACCAAUAGGUGGAGAAAUGCGCCACUUAAUUGUUUGCCAACCGCCUAAAAAAUAUCACAAAAGGAGGAAGAAGAAGCUGCCGGUUAGCUGCAAUAGCACCAGAAGCGCGUGUAGACAGAAAUACAGACAUGGCUUCUAUUGGUGUUUGUGGAAAGUGGAUGUUUCUAUCGUGUGGCACAAGAUUGAUAGCAGCUCACAUCAAGAAGGAUAGAGAGCCAUUUGUAUUUGAUUGUAGCACUGCCAAGAAAAAAGAAAAUGAUCCAAAGGCUUGCAUCAAUAGCCUUGGCGGUCCUAGUGGAAGUGACAUAAUAGUUUCCUUAGUUAUUUCACCAUCUGGAAAACUGGUGGCACUAAUUGAUGACUCUAAACGACUGGUCCUGUUUAAGAAUGAGCAUUCUUGGCAAUGGGCCAGCACCAGAUGGUUGGUGAGGAGGGGCACGUCCUUGGUGUUUAACAGGGCAGAAGACGAGGUCCUUGUGGCUGAUAAAUCGGGUGACGUUUAUUCCUUUUCGGUGAUGCAACCGGAGAAAGAAGGCGAGCUUAAGAUGGGCCACCUAUCCAUGAUCCUAGCUGUUACUGUGUCACUUGAUGAUAAGUAUAUCAUCACCUCUGACCGGGAUGAAAAAAUAAGAGUGAGUCACCGCUGUUCUCCGUACAACAUCCAGUCCUUCUGCCUAGGGCAUAAAGAGUUUGUCAGCUCACUACUGGUUCCUUCAGGUGAUCGGCACUGGUUGUUGUCCGGAUCAGGGGAUGGGACAAUGAAUCUGUGGAACUAUAAAAUUGGUCAGAAGCUCCAAAGUUGGAACUUGCACGACCUGGAGGAGAAACCGAAAUUGGAGAGUGAGCGGAAAGUAAUUGUUUGCCAUAUAACCAGUUCCUUUGAUGGGUGUCACAUAGCUGUGCAGUUUGACAGGAAACUGGAAGAGGAGGGUGUGGAAGAUGCCAUUGCUCUGCUCUGCAUUAUCCACCAGCAGGCCCUUUGCAGCAAGAUCUUGAGGUAUGACAAUGUGAUGUCUGACGUUGUGAAAAUCAUCAACCAUAGCAGAUCCUGGGCUUUAAAGCAUCGGCAGUUCCGCGAAUGUUUGGCGGAAAUAGAGUCAGAAUACGAGGACGUGCUCUACUUCACCGAGGAGCUGAAUGUACUGAACAAGAAGUUACAAGGUCAGGACCAGCUUGUCAGUGCUGCAUAUGACAAUGUCAGAGCAUUCUUCAAAACACUUGUGUUAUGGAAAGCCCAGCUUUUCCAGACAAACCUCUGCCCUUUCCCAGCAUGCAAGGCACUCAUGGAUUCAGGCACAACAUUCAGUGGUGAGAAGUAUGCUGAUACCAUUGGAAAGCUACAGGAAGAAUUUGAUCAGAGGUUUGCAGACUUCAAGACACACAGAGCCACUUUUCAGACUUUUGCUGACCCCUUCUCCUUUGAUGUGGAGGAUGCCCCCCUUGUCCUGCAGAUGGAGCUAAUUGACCUGCAGUGCCAUACUGACCUCAAAGCCAAAUUCAGGGAGCCUUUUUUGUGUGGAAUACUUGAUGUGGCCCAGCCUCACCCAGACUCUACCUCCAGCGGCCCCUAGAGUGGCGACAAUUCAAUUUUUCAUGCUGAACCAGGAGAAUAAUGAGAAGAAACUUGUACCACACAGCCGGCUUUCCCUGCCACACUGUCCACUUGACAUGACCUUUGAUCCAGAAGACCGUCUUUGGGUGCUCAUGGAU